GCGUGUGUUAUUUCCCUCUCUGUCCAACAGUGCAAUCUAGUAUACGGAAACCUAUGAGUGUGAAGAGUACAACACUAUUGUACCAACGAGUAUAAAGGCAAAGUACAAAAAUUUUCCAUCGCAAAGAGAAAUUUUUUUCAUUGCCAUUUUUAACGUCCAAAUAGUGAAAAAUAAUUAAAAAUUGUGUGCGGAAAAAAUUCGUGAAUAUCUUAAAAAACGUUUUAACAUAGUUUUAUGCACGGAUGCCUCUAGAAAUGGCCGAAAAUUCAUGAUUAAAAUUAAAGACAUCUGAGAUGCAUCAAACAUGAAUGAAGGUGAGUCAGCAGGAGGGGGGCAUCAAGGGUCCAACCCGGCCCCUCCUGCUGUGCCAGACCGCAUAUCAUCAACUACAACAACAAGUGCAACAAAUCUUGCAACAAACACCCAGAACAACAACAUCAACAACAACAACAAAAUCGUUCAACCAAUAUCCACAACAACAACCACUGCUGUUGGAACACCAUUACCACGUACUUUCCAACAAACAUUUAUACAACAACAACAAAACAAUAAUAUCAAUUCCGCCAAUACAACAUCCGCAGCAUCAUCAUCAUCAUUACUAUCGACAUCAAGCAAUUUGGGCAAGGGUCUUAUGCCUCAAACACCAACACGGUACCCACAGCAGCAACAACAACAACAGCAUCAAUUGUCAUCAUCAACAAGUUCCGCCAACUUUGUAACCGUAUCUACAACAUUUGCAGCAACAUCAGCCCUAUCCAACACCACCACCUAUUCCAAUAUCAAUACCGGUACAGCUAUUGGUUCGCCCGACGUCAUCAAUUCCCCCCUAAGUAAACGUAAAAAAUUGGAAGACUCCACAACGUCGUUGUCUGCAACGACAACGCCGUCUUUGGUUAGCGGCAGUGUUGGUAGCGGCGGCAUACUCUUGACAACAAGUGGUGGUAGUAGUAGUAGUGGCAGUGUUGGUAGCAGCAAUAAUUCCAUAGUAGGAGGUUCUCUAUUGCCCUCAACAACAAAUACAUCAGCAUUAUCCAAUCCAACGACGGCAUCAUCGUUAGCAGCAACAACAGCAUUAACCAGUAAUACAAAUUCCGCCGCAUUAGCUCAAGAUAUACAAGGUUUAAAAAAGCGUAUAUUAGAACAAAAAUAUUCACGUUUGCGUAGAUUAAAAGAAAAACACUCUGAAAAUGUCGCCGAAUUGUUUUAUUUGCAAAUUGGUGGCAAUAUGAUGGACUAUCCUACGUGGCGUAAAAAAGCACCUACCCCACAGUUCAUCACCUUUAGCAAUGCCUAUCGUUUGGAUCAAUUGGUUAACGAUGAAAGAACUCAAACUGCUGCCGCAGCAACAACAACUACAACCACAACAGCCACAUCAGCAACAACAAAUAUACCAGCCGCAGCAACGACAUCAACGCCGCCGCCUACAACAGCCAAUGUUCCUAUGGUUGGCGUUUCUUCGAUCGUUUCACAGCAACAACAACAGACACCAAAUGCUGAUAAUAUAGCAACAAUAAUUGGUGUGACUGCUGGUAGUCAUACAAAUAUUAUAAAUCCACAAACAAAUAUACAACAAUCUCAUCAGGCAUCAUUAAUCGCAGCGUCAUCGUCAUCAUCGUCUCCCGCAUCAAAUUUGGUCUCAAAUCAAGGUCGUCUGCCAAGCAGUACAACCAUAUCUCCAUCAAUAGCAUCAUCAUCAGCAUUAUCAUCUCCCGCAAAUGUAGCAGUAGCAGCAGCAUUGGCAUCGACGUCAAACAACUCUUCGGUGACGUCGUCAACGGCCAGUAAUGCUGCUGCAGUCGGCAAUGUACAAACAGCAGCUACACUGUUGCCCUCAACAGCCACCGAUGCCAGUGGCAAUCCAUUGCCUCCGCAAGGGGCAGAAAUAAAAAUACCCGCCGUUGGUGCAACACCGGUGGCGGUGUCCACAAAAUUGCCAGCCGCCGUGCAACAAUUAACACAGCAAGGUGGCACACCACUUAUUCCCUGCAGCACCGCCCAAGGCACCACAGCAUUGCGCCGCAAUGGCAAUGGUGUGGCCUCAACCGCAACAUCAAAUACUCCUCCGCCUUUGUAUUCACCAUCGCCCAGUAAUGCUUCGGCAGCGACGGCGUCGUCAUCGGCGGCGGGCACAACAAAUGCAGCCGCCGCCGUUGCUGCAGCGGCCGCAGCUGCCGCCUCCUCUAAUUCUGCGGCCACAACACCCAACAGCAAUCAGGAGUUUUCCUUUAAGGCCAAACAAGAGGUUGAUGUUAUGCGACGCAUUAUGGAACUACAGCGAGAGGGAUUAUGGACUGAAAAACGUUUACCCAAACAAUUGGAACCGCCACGGCCCAAGGCCCAUUGGGACUAUUUGCUUGAGGAAAUGGUUUGGUUGGCUGCCGAUUUCGCCCAGGAACGUAAAUGGAAAAAGGCGGCGGCCAAGAAAUGUGCCAAAAUGGUGCAGAAAUAUUUCCAAGACAAAGCCAACGCGGCCCAAAAGGCUGAAAAGGCCCAAGAAGCCCACUUGAGACGUGUGGCCGCCUUCAUUGCCAAGGAGGUGAAAAUGUUUUGGGGUAAUGUUGAGAAAUUGGUGGAAUAUAAACAUCAAACUAAAUUGGAAGAAAAACGGAAAAAGGCAUUGGAUCAGCAUCUCUCGUUUAUUGUGGAUCAAACGGAGAAAUUCUCCCAACAAUUGGCAGAGGGUAUGAAUAAGACACUGAAAGAUACAACCUCAGCCAAUCCGAGUAUAAAUUCCAGUCGGAUAUCAUCACCGAAAAGAGAUGCCACCGAUGAUGAAUUCCGCCCCGACUCUGCCUCCGAAGAUGACGAAGAAACCAUUGCUAAGGCCGAGGAGGAAGAAAAUGCCGAUGUCGAUGCCGAGGUGGCAGCAUUGGAAAAAGAAUCUCAAAUGGAUUUGGAUGAUUUUCUCAAAGAUCUGCCCAAGGGUUAUCUGGAGAAUCGUGAUAAAAUUGUCUUAGAUGAGGAUAACACCAGCAAUACCGCCACCACAUCUUCAUCAGCAUCCAAACAGCGUAAAGGCAACAAGAAUCGAAAACAAAAAUCCGCCAAACAUCAAGAAGACGACAGUGAUGAUGGUGAAUUUGAGGCCAACGAGAGUAGUGAAGAUGAUGAGAAUACCAUUCGCAAACAAGAGGAAGAAGAAAUGGAUGUUGAUCAUCAAAAGGAAUUGGAUGAAUUGGAGGCGGAUAAUGAUUUAACGGUGGAGGAGUUGAUAGCCAAAUAUAAAACGGGUAAAAUUGAUGAAUCGACCGCAAACACCAUUACCACCACCCCAAGUAAAACAAGAUCGUCAAAUAAAUCUAAAACAGAUGAUAAAGAUGUGGAAACGGCAAAAAUGGAAGAUGACCAAGACGACGAAGAAUUGGAUGAAGAAACCAUUUCCAAGGCCAUGCGAGAUUCGGAUGAUGAUUCAACAGAUGCUGAAGAAGAAUCGGCCGAUGAAGAUGAUGACGAAGACGACGAUGAGGAGGAUGAAGACGACGACGAAGAAGAAAGUGAAAAUGAAAUCAGCGACGCAGAAGAAAAUCCUGAAGAUGCUGCUGGUCUCAAAGAUCUUUUAGAAGAUUCAACAAAUGCCACUAACAGCAGCAGCAGUAAAGAUGACAUGAUUAAAGAUGCUGCCGCCUUGGCUGAAUCCUUACAACCCAAAGGCAAUACCUUAUCCUCAACAAAUGUUGUGACGCCCGUACCAUUCCUCUUAAAACAUUCAUUGCGUGAAUAUCAACACAUUGGUCUUGAUUGGUUGGUGACAAUGAAUGAACGUAAACUUAACGGUAUAUUGGCUGAUGAAAUGGGUUUGGGAAAGACAAUACAAACCAUAGCAUUGCUAGCCCAUUUGGCCUGUGUCAAAGGUAAUUGGGGACCACAUUUAAUUGUUGUACCCUCCUCAGUGAUGUUGAAUUGGGAAAUGGAAUUUAAAAAAUGGUGUCCUGGCUUUAAAAUACUCACCUAUUAUGGUACACAAAAAGAACGUAAAAUGAAGCGGGUCGGUUGGACUAAACCGAAUGCUUUUCAUGUCUGCAUAACAUCGUACAAGCUGGUGGUACAGGAUCAACAAAGUUUUCGUCGUAAAAAAUGGAAAUACCUUAUAUUGGAUGAGGCUCAAAAUAUUAAAAAUUUCAAAUCUCAACGUUGGCAAUUGUUGCUAAACUUCUCGACAGAAAGACGUUUACUACUCACCGGUACACCAUUACAAAAUGAUCUUAUGGAAUUGUGGUCACUUAUGCAUUUCCUAAUGCCCUAUGUAUUCUCAUCGCAUCGUGAAUUCAAAGAAUGGUUCUCUAAUCCAAUGACCGGCAUGAUUGAAGGCAAUAUGGAAUAUAAUGAGACGUUAAUACAACGUCUGCACAAAGUUAUACGGCCGUUCUUGUUGCGACGCCUUAAAAAGGAAGUCGAAAAACAAAUGCCCAAAAAAUACGAACAUGUUGUUAUGUGUCGUCUGUCGAAUCGUCAACGUUAUCUGUACGAUGAUUUUAUGAGUCGAGCGAAAACAAAGGAAACCUUGCAAACUGGCAAUUUGCUGAGUGUUAUAAAUAUUUUAAUGCAAUUGCGUAAAGUCUGCAAUCAUCCGAAUAUGUUUGAAGUACGUCCAACGAUAUCACCAUUUCAAAUGGAGGGUAUUACAUUUGAAACGUCACGUUUGGUCUGUGAUCUAAUGGAAUAUGAUCCAUUUACGCAAAUUGAUUUACACUCCCUAAAUCUACUCCUAAUUGAAUUGGAGUUAACCCUCACAGCAUAUGUGUCACAUAAAUCUCGUCUAUUGGCGGCGCCACGUAAACUUAUCGAAGAAAUUGAUAGUCUACCGGAUCCACCACCACGAUGUCCAACGGGAAAAUAUAAAUUCCAUAUAAGGAUACGUGAUACUCGAGUGCAACAGAACAUCAGUGCUCAUAGUCAACAAAUGGUAAAGGUGGGAGCAAGUCCUGCCAUGAAAAUGGAGGGUAAUAAAUUUGUACCCCUUAAUGCAGCAGCAGUGGUGGCGGCGGCGUCCAUUACUAACAACAUGGGUUUUACAUCGCGUGAUAUUGUUGAGACUGGAAGUAAUCGAAUUAAUAAGCGUAUCAACAAUGUCAUCAAUCCAAUUGGUGCGCCGAAAUUGGGUCCCAUUACACCUGGCUCGAUAACAAGAUCCUCUGUUCCUACAAAUGUAUCGUCGUCUACACCAUCAUCGUUGUCAUCGCCCAUGGGCGGCCCAACACCUGCCAAACAAAUGCGUCUGCAAGAUCCCCUGAGUUUGGAUGACAUGAUGGUGGAUAAUAUCAAAACGGAAAAGUUUAUCGAUGACAAGGCAUUGGUAAAAGUUUUAGCACAACAAGUCAAGACCACCACAAAUAUUACUUCUACUGAUGUUUCUACAUUCAAGACUGAAGCUGUGGCGGCGGCUACUGCUGCUGAUGAGGAUAAUACUUCGGAACUGGAUCCCAUUUUCAAUAUGUCGGAAAUUUUGCAACAACGCAAAGAGCAAAGAUUGGCUCGGCUGAAAUUGAUGGCAAAUGUCAAUAAAAGACGUACCGAUGCCACACCCAUCUAUGGAGCCGAUUGUCGUGAAUCCAUUGAACAUUGUUCGGAGGGCAGUCGGCUGUUGCAGUAUUCCACUUGGCAGACCAGAGGUUAUACAAAUUGCAACACUGCCAUGCAUCGUUCAAAUGAUAAUUGGACCCUGAAUAAAAUUCUGAAAAAUUAUGAAAAACGUUGCCAGGACCUUAAACACAUCUUUCAGAAUUAUGUUAUCUAUGUACCGUCCGCUUGUGCACCACGUAUACGUUUCUAUGUGAAUAAUUUGGCAUCUGUACGCAUGACUCGGGAACGUGCCAUCGAGCAAACAAUACAAAAGGAAAUGUCACCAAAAUUGGCGUUGUUACAUCCCAUCAUAUCGGCAAUGACCACUCAAUUCCCCGAUCCACGUCUCAUCCAAUACGAUUGUGGUAAACUGCAGACACUGGAUGGUCUUUUGAAGCAACUCAAAUACAAUCAUCAUCGCGUCCUGAUCUUUACACAAAUGACGAAAAUGCUGGAUGUUUUGGAGGCAUUCCUCAACUAUCAUGGCCACAUUUAUUUGCGUUUGGAUGGUGCUACCAAGGUGGAGCAGAGGCAAAUACUAAUGGAACGCUUCAAUACGGACAAACGCAUUUUCUGUUUUAUACUCUCGACACGUUCCGGUGGCGUGGGUAUUAAUUUAACGGGUGCAGAUACUGUGAUAUUUUACGAUUCAGACUGGAAUCCCACCAUGGAUGCUCAGGCGCAGGAUCGCUGUCAUCGCAUUGGUCAGACAAGAGAUGUACACAUUUACCGUUUGGUUUCGGAGAAAACCAUCGAAGUGAACAUCCUAAAGAAAGCCAAUCAAAAACGAAUGCUUAGUGAUAUGGCCAUUGAGGGUGGAAACUUUACCACGUCGUACUUUAAGAGUUCCACAAUUAAGGAUCUUUUCAAUGUGGAUACACAGCAACAACAACAGGGUGAAGCGGCGGGAGCAGCAGCUGGUGUACCAGCUAUUGCCUCAUCUCAAUCAAGUGAAACAGCACCUUCGUCAUCGGCGUCAUCAACUGUUGUCGAGAGCAAUGAAAUUGAUUUGGAAAAACAAUCGUUGAAGGCUUUCGAAAGUGCUCUUGCUGCUGCCGAGGAUGAACAAGAUGUCCAGGCGGCAAAAACGGCUAGAGCGGAAGCUGCUGCCGAUUUGGCAGAAUUUGAUGAGAAUAUACCGCUGGAAGAAGUUGCCACAAAUACUGAGGGUGGUGGCGCUAAUGUUGAACUCAGUAAAGCUGAUUUGGAAAUGCAAAAUUUGGUUAAACAGCUCUCACCCAUCGAACGUUAUGCUAUGCGUUUUGUGGAAGAAACCGGUGCCGCUUGGACCGCGGAACAAUUACGUGCCGCCGAAGAAGAACUCGAGGCGCAAAAACGUGAAUGGGAAGCCAAUCGUUUGGCCGCCCUACAAAAGGAGGAAGAAAUGCUCAAGCAGGAAGCGGAAAAUGAUGAAAUGUUGACAUAUUCACGGAAGGAUGCCACAAAUCAGAUAUGGAUUUCGGCGAAUACCAUGGAACAAAUGCCGAUGUGGUGUCCACCAACUCCACCGCAAGAUAACGAUGACAUCUACAUUGAUUAUUCGCUAACAUUCUUAUACGACUUGGAACCCAUACCGGAAACCGAGCUACCACCAGUCUAUAUUAAGAAGGAAUAUAAACGUUCACGUUCCGAUGCCGGUUUCCUUGUCGAUGGCAAUAAGCGACCAGCAAAAAUGCGACGUGAAGAAAUGUUCUGUGCUCCUAGAUCCCUAUUCGAUCGUCCAUCGGCAGCUAUUGCUCGUAUUCGUCGUGAUCUCAAAAAUCAACGUUAUCGGGGAACUUUUAAACCGAAUGUACAAAUACCCGGUCUUAAGCCACAAAUUCCCCAAAAACCCAUACCCGAACCUGAGGGUAUGGCUGAAUGGUGUAUAUACGAAGAUAUAGCCAUCCUACAUGUUCUGGUGAAUCUACAGGGUUUACCCUGCAACCUGAUGUUGCUGUCUCCCGGCCAUACACCCAAUUGGGAUUUGGUGGCGGAGAUUGUAAAUGCCUAUUCGAAAACGUAUAGAUCACCUAAACAGUGUAGAUGGCGUUAUGAGAAUGUUAUACAACCACGCGAAGAGGGUAAACUCGUCGAGAGUCCCAAGAAGCAGAAGAAACUGAAGUCCAUGAAAACGGAAUAUCUUAAGAGUCCGUUGAGGUGUCUGAGAACGACCCAAUUGUAUACGAACGACAACAAUGCUUCGUUUACGAAAAUUAUGAAGGGGCGAUUUGAUUGCAUUAAGGCGGCCUAUUUGAAGAAGGCCCCGGCGCCUAAACGUCACUUUAGCACACCGAGUAUGAUGAAUCCGAAACACAUGGAAGUGUUGCAGGAGUUUGGUAUUGUGAAUUAUGAUCAACCGAUAACACCACAGAAUAUAGCGAUAAUGAAGGCGAAUAAAAUGCGUGAGAAGCAGAGAACACAAUGUCCACCGCCACCACCACCAGUUGCAAGUGCUUCGGCAGCGGCAUCAUCUGUGCAACAGCAACAACAACAAACGCCACAAACUGCUGCCUCCACACAUUUGCAGGAAUUGGUACAGCAGCAGCAACAACAACAGCAGCAGGUGCAACAAGUGACCACCUCAGCUCCUCCAGGUUUGCACCCCCAACAAUUGCAAAUACAUCAAUUGGCUGCCGGACAAUCGGCAUCACAACAACAAACGGCCACGGCGAUAGUUCUACAGCAUGCCACGGGCUCAGGUGGCACACAACAAUUGCAACAACAACAAACGGUAGUUAGUGGAACAACCACCCAACAGCAUUUGAUUCGACAUGGCAAUACAACGGCCACCCAAAUUGUCAAGGCCAUUGUGGCUCCUGGAGGUCAAACCACGGGUAUUCUAACAACGGGACAAGUUCAACAACUACAUCAGCAACAACAAUCGCAAAAUAACCAGGGCACUUCGGCUCAGGUUGGACAACAUGUUCAAAUCCAGCAACAGAACACUGCCAGUGGUAACAUGGUGGCACCACCUCUCUCCGUAUCGGUGGUCCUCACCCAACCCGUACAGACGAUAUCGUCCAAUGUACAAAAUCAAGUGGCGCAUCAUUCACAAGUGUCUUCAUCGACAGCCCAGAUUGUAUCCCUUUCACCUCAAACCAUCGUCUCCAGUUCAGCACAAGUGGGUAGUAUUGUGCAUACCCAGUCCAUGCCACAAGUGGUAUCAGUUUCACAACUGGCCACAGUUGGUACCGUCCUAACCACAUCCAGUGGAAUGCAACAGCCUACAGGUACCGUGACCACCCUUAACACAUCUGCCUUGAGAGCUCAACGCAUUGUAGCAGCCUCCAGUGGUAAUACCCUGCAGGAUGUGGUGUUACAGCAGCGUACCGCUGGCAAUCCCAGUCCCACAAUUGUUUCAAUGUCCAGUUUGGGAUCAAAUGUCGGACAGGCUUCCUUACAGGCCACUCAAUUCCAAUUGGCUUCCAUGCCAACGGGCACACAACAAGUUGUUACCAAGGGUAUACGAGUUAGUUCUCUGCAGCAGGGUCAGAAGUUGGCAACUGGUGGUGCUGUUGGAACUACGGCACAAGGACAACAAUCUGCUCACAUACAGUCCUACAGACAACGACAACAACUCAAGGUGUUGCAGACCACUGGGCCCGGGCAGCAGGGUCAGCCGACAAUUGUGCAGACACCUUCCGGCCAGGCAGCCUUAGUCAACGCUCAAGGUACCAUAAUUGGAACAGGACCCACAACGGUCCAGGUGGUGCAAGGACAAAAGGUAACCGUCGCCACUUCAAAUGUGGCUGUUACCACACCAAGUGCAACGGGAGUUGUAACGACGGUGGCCAAUCAAAUGCAUGCCCAACAAGUGCAACAAACCCGUGCCCAAUUCAUAAAACAAGUUUCGGCAUCGGGAAAACAAAUCUUCGCCCGUCAAGUAGGCGAUAGUGAUAUGCUACUGGUCAAACGUCAAAUGAUAUCGGCGGCAGGUCAACAAAAGGCUACCCAAGUUAUACAACAAGGUGGACAAAUAUAUACCACAACGGGCCAAGGUAUAACAUUACAACAAGCAGCUCAAGGUUCUUCAUCUGGUGGAAACCAGGUGCAGCAACAACAGGGACAACCGGGGCAACAACAAACCACAACACAGGUUGUACAACAGGUGACACCUCAACAAAUUGCCACAUUGGUGAAGACAUCUGGAGCUUCCGCGGGAGGUAACGCUGGACAGGGUGGUGUUACAGUCAAUACGGCUGGGCAACAGCAACAGACCCAAAAUACCGUGAACAUGGCCCUCUCGCAACUUAAACCUGGUGGUCAAAUCAAAGUGACCAUGGCCAAUCAAUCCCAGAUGCGUCAAUUACACAUGCAACAACAACAAUUGGCGGCAAUGCCAAGGAAAAUAUCACGAAUGACACAAAUUCAUGCCGCCCAAGCGGCAGCAGCUGCUCAGGCGGCAAAUCAACAACAGCAGCAACAACAGGUUCAAGGGACUACCACCUCAAUGACACAAUCUUCAUCCGGUUCCGGUGGAGUUCAAACACAAUUGGUUCACAUACAAAAUACUAAAAAUCUAUCCUCGUCUGUAACCGUCCAACAAAUACAACAAGUGAUGCGUCAAGGCCAACCGGGUUCGCUCGCCACCACUGGUUUUGUUUUGGGUAAAACCAGUGUCGGCCGGGUUAUACCCGUUUCGGUAGCAUCACAACCGAAUCAGCGUCAGACAAUACAGGUGGUUUCAGCAGCGUCAGCUCAAGCUCUAACUGCUGGCAAUUUGAGGGCUCAUGUGGCAAGCGGACAAAAUAUAGCCGGUACUAUUAAAGUUGCCACAUCGGGUGGUGGUUCACAAUCGCAAACCCAGCAAGCCAUUAUAACAGCUAUACAGCAACAACAACAAAAUCAGCGACAAAAUGCCAGUCCGGUACGAUUGCAAACAACGGCUGGUGGCAAUUUGGUUGCUGUUGUACAGCAACAGUCUUUGCAACAGCAGCAACAACAACAGCAACAAACCACACAAAAUGUUGUGGUUAGUUCUUCGGCAAGUGGUAGUGGUGGUAGCAAUGCCGGUGGUAACAACAAUCAAACCGAAAUAAUGACCAUUACCUCGUCGGGAACAACAUUGACCACGGGCACACAACAACAAACGCAACAAGCCACACCUCAGCAGGUCAGGACAUUGGUUAAAAAGAAAAUAAUGCAAAUACGCAGUGAAAAUAAGGAAUGAAUUUAAA